AUGCUGCGCAUAUUAUCGCCGCUGCUGGCCACCUUCGGUCUGUUCGCCAGCACAGCUUUCGGAGCCCUCGAGGUAAACCUCGAUGACCCAGCAUCCAUCAAGGCCGCGGCUGCGCUCGUCGCCAAAGACCUCCUCACCUUCUACCACGGCGACGAACCCGGCUGGGUCCCAGGUAUCCUGCCUGGCCCUCCCCCGGAUGGCGAUUACUACUGGUGGCAAGGAGGUGCCAUGUGGGGUGCGCUGCUGGACUACCGACAUGCCUCGGGCGACACCCAGUUCGACGACUUGAUCACAACCGCCCUCCUCUUCCAGGUCGGCCCCGACAAGGACUUCAUGCCGCCCAACUGGACCGCCUCCAUGGGCAACGAUGAUCAGUCUUUCUGGGCCUUCUCCGCCAUGCUGGCCACCGAGAUAGGAUACACCGAUCCGCCCCCGGACCAGGCGCAAUGGCUGGCCCUAGCUCAAGCCGUCUUCAACGAGCAGACGCACGAUGACCGACGAGCACCGAGCGGAAACUGCGAGUGGGGAUUGAGGUGGCAGGUCUAUCCGUCCAACAACGGCUACAACUAUAUCAACACCGUCGCCAACUCAUGCUACUUCAACGUCGGCGCCCGCCUCGCACGCUACACGGGUAACUCGACCUACGGCGAUUUGGCGACCAAGACGUUUGACUUAAUCAAGAGGCUGGGAUACAUCUCCACCGAGUGGGACGUCUACGAUGGCGCGCAUUUGCCCGACUGCACUGAUAUCAACAAGGCGCAGUUUUCGUACAAUGCGGGCAUGCUGUUGCAGGGCGCCGCCUUCAUGUACAACCACACCGAAGGCGGCGCAGAAUGGAAAGAGGCCCUCGACGGCCUGAGUACUCGCAUUCUCGAGGUCUUCUUCCCGAACGGCACAGCCUUUGAGCCUUCGUGCGAGUCGACCAAAUGCAACACGGACAUGGAAUCGUACAAGGGUUACCUACAUCGGUGGAUGGGCAACUCCAUUCAGCUAGCGUCGUACCUGCACGACAAGCUCUACCCGGUGCUGAAGACAUCGGCCCAGUCGGCCGUCAACCAGUGCACGGGCGGCGACAACGGCCGCAUGUGCGGCUUCCACUGGACAUCAGGUGUCUAUGACGGUGCUACCGGCGCCGGCCAGCAGAUGGACGUCUUGGGCGCCCUCACGGCUCUCCUGAUACCUGGGGUGGCCGCCCCGCUGACCAACUCCACCGGCGGUACCUCCCAGGGCAACGUCAACGCCGGGUCCAACGCCCCUGUUAUGCCGCAGCUGGCGGCCAUCACGGUGGGCGACAAAGCCGGCGCGGGCAUCCUGACGGCGAUAGUCAUUACGGGUGCGCUGUCGGCGUUUGCGUGGAUGAGCAUGGACGGCUAG